AGAGUAAGAUAGAAAUAGAGAGAGAGGGAGUAAGAGACUGUUUUUAGUUUUUUCAAAAUUUUUAUAAACAAACAAAAUGGCCGAGCGGAGCCCACCGCGUAUACAAACGGAAAGCUUGCAGGAGGACGACAGCAAUAAGGAGAACAACAGUGAGAACUUCGAACCAAUAAAGAAAAAACCUAAAGUAGAGUGUAGCAAUCAGAUCGAAGGAAGCGAACAGUACAAGCUCGAAGAAAGACUCUGUGGUAUUCUUUGCUGUGCUGUCUGCCUCGACCUUCCCCGAAUCUGCUACCAGUGCAUUAAUGGCCACUUAAUGUGUGCUGGUUGUUUUAACCAUCUUCUUGCUGAUGGAAGGUUGAAAGAUGAAACUGCAACAUGUCCAAACUGUCGCUGUGAGAUUACAAAAGCAACCUGUUCUCGUAAUUUGGCUGUAGAGAAAGCAGCAUCUGAGUUGCCAACUGAUUGUCAGUACUGUCAGCAGCAACUUCCACGACAUCUGAUAUUACAGCAUGAAGGUCAUCUAUGUCAGGAGAGGCCGAGUUCGUGCAAAUAUGCCCAGCUUGGGUGCCCUUGGCGUGGUCCAUACCAUGAACUCAAAGAGCAUGAAGAAAACUGCAGUCACCCUCAAAAAACUGGCAUUGAACUUAUGGAUGCCUUACAGGCAAUUGAUAAACAAAAUACAGAACAACUGAAACUCUAUGAAGAUAUAUUUGCACUGCUCUCUUAUGAGAAAAUAACAUUCAAUGAUCUCCAGUUACGACCCUUUAGAACUGACGAUUUCAUCACCAAACUCUUUUAUGAGACAAGUCGUUUCUCAUCCUUCCAGCAUCAGUGGGUUUUGAAAGCCCGGGUCGACCACGACCAGAAAGAUCCAACUCACAGUAGUAAACGCACUCUCAGUUACCAACUGGUUCUAAAAAGCCGAACAAGUAACCCUCUGAAAGUCUUGUUCAUGGCCCUGAAAGGACCUUACGGGGAUUUGAAUGUGACCCCAUAUGUCUAUGAGUUUGAGUUCUCAAACGAUUCUACAGAAAGUGAAUACCAUACACUACCCACAGUCGAUGUUCUUGAAUGCAACAAACUCCUUGCUUCUAAAACCAUUAAUGUUCGGCUUGUUCUGUUCUUGGUGCAACAAUGAUUUUGAUUACAAAGAAAUCUAGCAAAUUCUAAACAAAAUUAAGAGAAAAGCAAACUGCAUAAUUUGAAAGACCUUAUAUGUUUUUUUUCUCCUCAGCAAUGUUAAUUACUGUGUGAUAGAAAUGGAAUAUAUUAUUACUACUUUUAGUAAAAACCGUAAAAAGAAAGAAAAAAAAAAUGUAAUUUAAUAAACAACUAUUUCUGAAUGAAGAAACUUUUCUAUUAAUGGUUUCAAAAAAGAUCUAAGACAUUUUUCUUUCACACCGAGUGAUGAUGUUGAUUGAAAAAUGAAUUUAGAGAGAAAAAAAAAAAAUUUAAAUUAAUAAAAAAAAAAAAUGAGAAAAAAUUGUUGAUAUUCAUGUAAAAGUACUUUAAAUUUUGCUGUUGAUAUUUAUACCCUUGAUUUAUGACAUUUU